UAUUUUUAUUAAAGUUUUUUAAUUUUUAAAAUUUAGAUUAAUAAUUAUCUCCUUUCUAGUUCCUGCAUUUCUGACACGAGAAGAGAUGAGAUCUUUUCCUCGGGUAAUUUAAGAACAUAGCACCCCAGAAUGGUCUCUCACAAAUUUGGGGUAUUUAGAUGGUAAAAACAAAAGCUUCUUGGCACCGAGCAGGAGCAGGUUAAGGUGUACAUACCAUUUGACAUAUACAUAUACAUCUGUGUACAUGUGUACAUGUAUGUUAAGGCAGUGUUGUUAGCUGAGAGUAUCGCUCUCUCCUUCUUCUUCAUUUUACAGAUGAAGUAGCCUGCAUCAUUCCAGAUGAAUGCAAGCAAAUAUGUGGUACAGAGGUUGGGUGUUCCAACAUUGCCUAUCCAAAACUGGUUGUGUCUCUCAUGCCAAAUGGCCUCCGGGGACUGAUGCUGGCUGUUAUGCUGGCCGCUCUCAUGAGCUCACUUGCCUCCAUCUUCAACAGCAGUGGCACCCUCUUCACCAUGGACAUCUACAAACGCUUGAGGCCACAAGCGAAUGACAAGGAGCUAUUGAUUGUGGGCCGGGUGUGGAUUUUGCUACUUGUGGGGGUCAGCAUUGCGUGGAUCCCUGUGAUACAAGCUGCACAGGGUGGGCAGCUCUUUGACUACAUCCAGUCCAUCAGCAGUUACCUGGCCCCACCCAUUGCUGCCAUUUUUCUCCUUGGAGUCUUUGUCAAAAGAGUGAAUGAGGAGGGUGCAUUCUGGGGCAUGAUGGGGGGACUAGCCAUAGGCAUGGCCCGAAUGAUCCCAGAAUUCGUCUAUGGGACAGGAAGUUGUCUCUUCCCAAGCAACUGCCCUCGUCUGAUCUGUGGGGUCCACUACCUUUAUUUUGCCCUCAUCCUAUUCUUGGCUACGGCUGCCAUUGCAAUGGGGGUCUCGCUCUGCACAUCACCUAUUCCUGACAAACAUCUGCAUCGCCUGGUAUUCAGCCUCAGGCACAGUAAGGAGACACGGGUCGAUCUGGAUACGGAAGAGGAGGAGGAAGCAAAACGGUGCCAGCAGCGAGCCGAGAAUGCAGCCACCAAGAAUGGAAGACUGGAGCCUGUCCUAGAGGUGGAUGAUGCCAAAGCAAUGACCUCCUUUGGCCGACUACGCCGAGGCCUGGCCUGGUUUUGUGGGAUGAGCUCUGACAGCCCAAAGGAGCCAGAACUGAGCCCAGAAGAGGACAAAGGCUUCCAGCAUCUGGCGGGUAUCACAGAGCACCCGCUCUGGAGGCGGGUAGUCAACAUCAAUGCUGUGAUCAUGAUGGCCCUAGCCAUAUUCAUGUGGGGCUACUAUGCCUGAGGACCGUCAACCACAGCAGCUCAACAGAAUAUGUUGCUCACCCACUCCUCCAGGUACAUCACAUCAACUCAUCAGCCUCAGAACAACAGGUGCAAAAAGAUGGAAUUAGAAAUAGGAGGGACUCCACAACAGUCAUCUGGGUCACCUGCCAUCAAGUUAGGAUCAUCCAAGUCACUGAAGAUCUACCUAUGUCAUCCAAGUCAACAUUCAUCAAAACUCAUCACAACUCACUCUUUGGAAAA